UUAGGAUCCGGCUCGUCUCCAGCAAGCGCCCAAAGACCUUGCGGAUGGUCGACAUGUGGAGACGAGAAAUCUGACUGCUCCUACGAACUUCUUGUUGAACGAUCGCAGACGACUAAUGCGGGGUGCUUGAAAUCGAUCGCCCUAACUCGUCUCCCUCUACCCUGUUCUUCCUUCUUUCUCUCUUCAUACCUCACUAAAGCCCUACCAUUCCUCAAUAUUUGAAAUCCAUCUCGUGGACUCGUCUCCCUGUUUCUCUCCUCAUACCACAGUGAAGCCCUAACUUGUAGAGGGGUUUGAAAUCGAUCUCGCGGGCUCGUUUCCCUCUACUCUAACGGCAGAAUCGUUGAGUACUAAGCAAGAGAUUCAGAGUCACAGGGACUUUCAGAGGGGUUGGAGUCGUUGAUCCGGCUUCAGGAUCACAGAGCUUCACAUCCGCAGAGCUAUGUAUCAAGGCAAAAAAAUGGAAGAUCCAAUGACUGCACAUAGUGAGAUUAAGACUCAUGUUGGUAUGGUGUUCAAUUCUAAGCAAGAGGCAUAUGAUUUGUACAAUGGAUAUGGAGGAACAAAGGGGUUUAGUGUCAGAAGCGAUUGAGUACAUAAGAGUAUCAAAGAUAACAAGACCGUUACAUCAAGGGUAUUUGUAUGUAAUAAACAAGGAAAAAAGAAACAAGAGAGAUGAUAACAGUGGUAAGCCUUGAGCAGAGACAAGAACUGAUUGUCUUGCACAGAUAAGAAUUAAAUUGAAUAUUGAUGGGAUGUACAAUUGCACUGAAUUUAUUGAAGAACACAAUCAUGAACUUCACUUAUGAUGAAGUCACAAAGGAUUGUUUUUGAAUUUCAUGCAUUUGAAAUUGAUCUGGAAGAUGACUGUGGUUUUAGACCUAAUGACAUGUUUGAGUACAUGAGAAGGCAUGCAGGUGGCAAACAAAGCAUUGGGUACCUGAAGGAAGAUCAAAAGAAUUAUCUUUGAACUAAGCAUCAAUGAGACUUUCGUUUGGUGAUGAUGUUAGCUUUGAUACAACAUUUUCUACGAACAAAGAGUGUAGACCUUUUGGGAUAUUUGCUGGAUUCAAUCAUCAUAGGGGAAUCGUCAUAUUUGGGGCUGCACUUUUGUAUAAUGAGACGGCUGAUUCGUUCAAAUGGUUGUUUGAGGUUUUUCUAGAAGUUCAUGAAAAAAAGAAGCCAAUAACUAUUUUCACAGGUCAAGAUGCUGCAAUGGGGAAGGCAUUGGCUGAGGUGUUACCUAAGACAAAGCAUGGCUUGUGUACAUGGCACCUACUGCAAAAUGGUAUAAAGCAUAAGGGCAACAUGAUGAAAGAUGGCUCAAAUGUUUUAGCAGAUUUGAAGAAAUGUAUGUUCCAUUAUGAUGAUGAAUCACAAUUUGAAAUUACAUGGGAUAAACGAAGAAGUGGUCAUCAGGUUGAAGAAAAUUCAUGGUUAGACCGUAUUUAUUGUCUUAAAUAUAAAUGGGUCAAGUGCUACAUGAAGGAAAUAUUGAUUAUAGGAAUGUGGAGUACACAACUAUGUGAAGGUAUAAAUGGUGACAUGAAAUUUUACUUAAGUUCAACUCUUGGCCUUGUACAAUUUUUCAAGCACUUCGAAAGGUUUGUGGCUGACAAGCGUGCUAAUGAGUUGAAGAUAGAGUUUGAUGCAAGAAAUAAGCUUCCAAGAAAUUUAUUCAUAAAGUCACCUGUUAUGAAUAUCAUGCAGCAAGAGUUUACACUCCUAAGAUAUUUGAAAAACUUCAGAAAUAGUAUGAGUGGAUUCCAGCAUGCUACAUCAAGAAAAUUAUUCAGAAUGCCACCUGUUAUAAAUAUGUAGUCUCAAUAUUUGGAAAAGCAGAUGAAUGUACAGUGUCGUGCAACCUAAAUCAGUAUAUGAUUCGUUGUAGUUGUAGAAGAUUUGAGACAUUCGACAUUCGACAUUCUUUGUCGGCAUGCUUUUAAAGUUCUAGAUGUCAAUGAUUUCAAAUA